AUGUCCAGCUUGGACAUGUAUGUUACCGAGGGCUCCCUGCCCGCAGCCGAUAAUCAACUAGUGGAGAAGUUGUCCAUACUAGUUGACACCCUCAUACCAAGGUUGGAGAGUCUUGAGAGGGCCGUAUCCGGACAGGUAUCUAAACCGCCGGCAGCGGCCCGAGCAGACUCCUUCAAUACCCUUUUGGUGAGGAUUGAGGAAAUCGCAGCCAACAUGGCCAGAUUAGAGAAGAAGGUAGAGUCUAUGGCUCUCCCUACCCCCUCUAACAUGAUGGACCAGCCGGCUGCGAGACCGGUAACACUGCCUAAGAGACCAAUCCCUCUCUACUCAGAGAAGGUGGCGGCGGCCCCCAAUCCAGGAUUACCUAAAGGCUUACCACCAGUCCCCCCCUCCUCAUAUAUCAACAGAUUCAAGUUAGGCCAGGUUGUAAUCAGGAAAAAGUUCGAUCAACCUAAGCCUUUUGAAGGUCUAACAGCGGCAAAGAUUUGCCAAAAGAUUAAUGAAGCUUUAGCUUUUGCCAAAGCUACCAUUGAUAAUGAAACUAUAGAGGUAAAAGCAGUCGCCCAGUUCCCAAACGGCGAUGUAAAAAUCUACACUAAGGACCGAAGGGCAGCCAAGUGGCUCCUGGACAACAAACACCUGUGGACGACGAAGGCUGACCCGGUCUUUGUGACCUCUCAAGUUACUCACCCUGUACUUUUGCACUCUUGCCCCACUAGCUUCGAGACGGACAACAAAGAACAUGUUGAAUUACUUUGCAAACAGAACGACAUCGACCCAAAAGAGAUCCAGAAGAUCCGAUGGCUUCUCAACCCCAAAACUUCAGGAAAGGCCACCAGCACCCUGUUGAUCCAUUUCUUAGAUAGACGUCUAGCGCUCGAUAUCGAGAGAGCAGGUCUAUGCUACAACAACUUGCACUUGAAGGGACAACAUUACCUUCAGGGCCCCAAACAGUGCUAUAACUGUCUAGCAGUCGGACACCUAGCCCACUCUUGCAAAGGUAAAGCUCUCUGCUCCAGAUGUGGAGCAAACCAUAAUUCCGCUUCAUGUGAAGAAAUGGAAGAUUCUGUUGAACAAACGGUUCGGGGGUUCAUUCUCACCCCGCUGCGGCAAAAUUCUCUUUUCUUCGUUUCUGCUCCUCUUUCGCCUCGCUCAUCACCGCUUGACUCUCUUGUCACAGGUUCGCUUGUGUCUUUGCUCUCUGUUAGCUCACGUUGGUCGUGCUCUAACAUCUCGGUUUGA